AUGAGGAACUUUCCAGGGGACAGAUUGACUCAGGUUGUCAUUGAAAACUGUCCACUGUUCGGAGGCGCCUUCUCCGCCAUCCUCCCCUCAGGGGCCAUUGAUGUGAGUGACCUCCGACCGGUGCCAGACAACCAAGAAGUUUUCUGCCAUCCUGUGACCGACCAGAGUCUGAUCAUAGAACUUCUGGAGCUGCAGGCCCACGUGCAGGGCGAAGCGGCUGUGCGUUGUCUUGGCCCUGAAAAUCUGUCAUGUCCACCUUGGAGCCUGGGUAACUUUGAACAACUGGUAACUAGUUUGACUCUUCAUGAUCCCAACCUCUUUGGUCCCCAGUAAAGACGGCUGAAACACAAAGGG